AUGGCUGAUACGGCGCCUACAGCCUUCGGGGACGUUCAUGUCCUCGAACCAACACAGCCGCACACGCACACCGCCAUCCUACUCCAUGGACGAGGCAGCCAUGGCGAAGAGUUUGCAGAAGAGCUAGCAGAGACGUUGAUGUCUGACAACAAAACUAUCAUACAGGCUCUGCCUAGCUGGAGAUGGGUCUUCCCCAGCUCCCGCGAGCUUUGGAGCCCAGUCUUUGAGGAAAUCAUGCCAGCCUGGUUCGAAGCCUACUCAUUGACUGAUAUCACGGUGAGACAAGACCUGCAAACGGAUGGGAUUCGUGAUUCAGUGAAGCAUGCUGAAGGAAUCUGGGAGGCCGAAGUUGAGCGGUUGGGUGGCAUGGAGUCGAAAGUUGUUCUGGGUGGGAUCAGCCAGGGAGGUGCAAUCGGUAUCUGGACCAUGCUGUGCAUAAAAAGUAAACGGCCCACGUCUCAGCCAGCAGCUUUCGUAGGAGCUAGCACAUGGCUCCCAUUCGCCGUCGAUAUCGAGCACGCUCUGAGUGGAAACGACAAGGAGUCGGAGAACAAAAUUGGCAGCGACUUUGUGAGGUCCAUGAUCGGCCAGGAUACUGAAGCUCAGUCACUGAUGCCUGUGUUUCUCGGCCAUGGUACGGACGAUGCUAUUGUGGAUGUGGAGUUGGGACGUCAGGCAAAAGAUGUUCUCUCUCGAGUUGGGUGGACGGUGGAUUGGAAUGAGUACUCGGGGGCUGAUCUGGAAGGUCACUGGCUGAAAGGACCGGAGGAGGUUGAUGAUAUUGUCCGAUUCCUCCGAAGUGUAACGGAGUGA